AUGACAGAUGUUCCUAUGGCUAGUGACAAUUUGAUGAUGGUUUAUAGUGAUUUUAGAGAGUCGAACAACUUCGUGGAGGGAGUGUCACACAAGAUCAGGCGACAGAUUGAUGAUCUGGAGAGAGUGUCGGGCGCGGUGACCAGUAGUUUGACGGUGGAUGGAGUACCUGUUGAUUCGUACUUGACGAGGUUUGCUUGGGAUGAAGCCAGGUACCCGACUAUGUCGCCGUUGAAGGAGACUGUGGAUGGGAUUCAUGGUCAGGUGGCAAAGAUUGAGGAUGAUCUCAAGGUUCGUGUUUCUGAGUAUAACAAUAUCCGCAGUCAGCUUAAUACCAUCAAUAGAAAGCAAACUGGAAGCUUAGCUGUGCGUGAUCUUUCCAACUUGGUAAAACCUGAGGAUAUUAUAACAUCAGAAAAUUUAACUACCCUGCUUGCUAUUGUUCCAAAGUAUUCACAGAAGGAUUGGCUCUCAAGCUAUGAAACAUUGACCAACUAUGUGGUUCCCAGGUCUUCCAAGAAGUUGUAUGAAGAUAACGAAUAUGCUCUUUAUACUGUAACACUAUUCAGUCGUGUUGCAGACAAUUUUAGAACUAGUGCACGAGAAAAAGGGUUCCAAAUUCGUGAUUUCGAAUACAGUCCUGAAUCACACGAGAGUCGCAAGCAAGAGUUAGAGAAAUUGAUAGAUGACCAGGAAAGUUUGAGGUCCUCUCUGUUGCAGUGGUGUUAUACUAGUUAUGGAGAGGUUUUCAGCUCCUGGAUGCACUUUUGUGCAGUACGUGUAUUUACUGAGAGCAUUCUGAGAUAUGGUCUUCCACCAUCUUUCUUGGCAUGUGUUUUAGCUCCAUCAGUCAAAUCUGAGAAGAAAGUACGCUCUAUCCUUGAAGGGUUGAGCGACAGCACAAACAGUGGUUACUGGAAGACCGAGGAUGAUGGGGUUGGGAUGGCUGGCCUUGUAGCAGGUGAUGCUGAUGCCCACCCUUACGUCUCGUUCACUAUCAAUCUUGUUUGAGUGCAGCCAGAAACGAGCUCUAUCUUCUUUCAGGGUCAGGAAGGAUUCCUUUGUACAUUAGGGUCAUGUUCCAUUCAUUUCUUCUUCUUUUUUCCAUAUAUAUAAUAUAUAAUUUGAGCGCAUUCAAGUUUCCAGAAGGAUCUGGUGAAUUUAAGUGGUCUUAUGGUACCAAGUUUUGAUCAUUAACUUGUAUUGAGUUAUUUCUUCAUGUUUCUCGUCUAUGAUCAUGUAACUAGAGAAGUUACAGUCUUUGUAUUUCUUGGUAGCAUAUCUACAAAAUACUACAUAAUACUUUGUUUGUAUCUUGAGACUAAUAUAUAUCCAUUUGUUUA